AUCAAUUCAAAGCCCAGAAAGGUCCGUUGAGCGCCUCGUGGCUAUGUCAUAAUAGAUCCGAACACUUGCCCUGGAUCGACUUCCAGAUCAUAAUUGCUCUAGUGAAUAACUAACGAAACUAGAUAGAAAAAAACUAAUUAGAAAAAUCUCUCAUGGGUUCACUAAUUACUUGACUGUUGGCGGGUCUCUUUGUAUGUGUUGUCCGGAAAGAGGAGGACUCAAUGAUUAUUCGUUCGCCGGAACCAGAAGUAAAAAUUUUGGUAGAUAGGGAUCCCAUCAAAACUUCUUUCGAGGAAUGGGCCAGACCCGGUCAUUUCUCAAGAACAAUAGCUAAAGGACCUGAUACUACCACUUGGAUCUGGAACCUACAUGUUGAUGCUCACGAUUUCGAUAGCCAUACCAGUGAUUUGGAAGAGAUCUCCCGAAAAGUCUUUAGUGCUCAUUUCGGCCAACUCUCCAUCAUCUUUCUUUGGCUGAGUGGCAUGUAUUUCCACGGUGCUCGUUUUUCCAAUUAUGAAGCAUGGCUAAGCGAUCCUACUCACAUUGGGCCUAGCGCCCAAGUAGUUAGGCCAAUAGUGGGCCAAGAAAUAUUGAAUGGUGAUGUGGGUGGGGGUUUCCGAGAAAUACAAAUAACCUCCGGUUUUUUUCAGAUUUGGAGAGCAUCUGGAAUAACUAAUGAAUUACAAUUGUAUUGUACGGCAAUUGGUGCAUUGGUCUUUGCAGCCUUAAUGCUUUUUGCUGGUUGGUUCCAUUAUCACAAAGCUGCUCCAAAAUUGGCUUGGUUCCAAGAUGUAGAAUCUAUGUUAAAUCACCAUUUAGCAGGGCUACUAGGGCUUGGGUCUCUUUCUUGGGCGGGGCAUCAAGUCCAUAUAUCUUUACCAAUUAACCAAUUUCUAAACGCUGGAGUAGAUCCUAAAGAGAUCCCACUUCCUCAUGAAUUUAUCUUGGGGAUGUUUGAAAGUGUAGUAAUUAUUGCUUUUUAA